AUGCGUUCCUCCACUGUCGCUUUCGCCGUCACUUUGGCCUUGGCCAACUCCGCAUCAGUUCUAGCUACUAGUGACUCCUCAACAGCAACCACCUUUGCUUCUCCUACCAUUUCCCAAACUGGAGAGCCCCAAGAGAUCAGUAGCUCGGUCACAGCCAGUCUGCUUCCUACCACAUCAUUAUCUGCUCUUGUUCCAAUAACAACAGCUAUCUCCAUUCCACCAAGCAGUGCUGCGUCAUCGCCCGCAUCCUCAUUCACCUCCUUCUCCAUAAGCUACGUCUCCUCCGGAUCAGCAUACUCUUCCGGUUCCGCGCCCAGUUCUAUUGUAUCCGGCAAGCCAGGUGUUUACAGCAACUCCACAAUUGUAUCUACCGCCACUGCAUCCGGUACUGGCGCCGGCACAUCUACGGCUACUGCCACCACGGAAAUUUCUGGAGCUACUACCACGGCUAGCAGAAGUGGGACUUCUUCAAGUGCGAGCGCGAGCGCCUCAUCAUCUAGCUCUGCUGCUGAUGCGUUAUCAUUGAAUGGGGCAUCUUGGAGUAUGGGAAGUCUUAUGCUUGGUGGAAUGGCUGUUGUCUUUGGCUUCUUCUAA